CGGCGGCAGUAGCAGGGACAGCACAGCGGCGGCGGCGGCGGCGCGGCGCUCCGCUCGGCCCGGCUCGGUUUCCCUCCUCGCCGGCUCCCCUCCCCCCGGCCCCGGCCGGCCCGGGCUGCGCGCGAUGCCCAACCCGCUGGCAGUGGCGGCGGCGGCGGCGGGCGGCGGGCACGCGGCGGGCCGCUGCUCGGCCUAUAAGCUGGCGCUGGCCGCGCUGCUGGCCGUGGCGCUGCUGCAGUUCGUCUACCUGUCGCUGCUGGCCGGGCUGCACGGCCGCGAGCAGCGGCGCCGCUACGGGCAGCUCUUCCCCGGCGGGGCGGCCCUGGGCGCCAGCCUGCAGCGCCGCGCCGCCGAGAGCGCCAAGGAGCAGCUGCGCGCCGUGCUGGCGGCCGGGGGCGCCCUGGACGCCAGCGGCGACUACCGCGUGUACCGGCACGUGCUGGGGGACCCCUCACGCCGCCCGCGUGACGCCCUGCUGCUGGCCACGCAUGCCAGCCUCAGCAACCUGGGCCAUGUGGGUACGCUGCUGGAGCGCUGGGCCGGCCCGCUGGCCGUGGCCGUGUUCGCCGCGCGGCCUGACGAGGCGCAGCUGGCCACGGUGCUGACCUACGCGCUGGGGGCGCUCUGUACGCAGGCCGUGCGCGACCGCCUCACCAUGCACCUCGUGUGCCCGGCGCGCACCGAGGCCGCCGUGCCCGAUCCCCGCGAGCCCGGCGAGUUCGCGCGUAUCAGCAGCUGCACCGACGUAUUCACGAGCUUGGGCGCCCGGAGCCGCUCCGGGCGCAACUACGCGCUGGCCACCAACGUCUCCUACCCCAACAACCUACUUCGGAACGUGGCCCGAGAGGGCGCCGGCCAUGCCCUCGUCGUGGACGUGGACAUGGUGCCCAGCGAGGGCCUUUGGACCGGCCUGCUGGAGCUGCUGGCCCUGGGCGAGGGCAAGGCCGGUCGGGCGCUGGUGGUGCCGGCCUUUGAGAUCCGCCAGGGGGUCCGUGUCCCCCGCACCAAGAUUGAGCUGAUGCGUUUCCUUAAGAUGGGACACGUGCGCCCAUUCUAUGCGGAACUGUGCCCCCGUUGCCAGGCGCCCACCAACUACACUCGAUGGCUCACCCUGCCCCCGGGGGGACCCCUGCGUCCUGCCUACCGGGUGACCUGGCAGGACCCUUGGGAGCCCUUCUAUGUGGCUGGAGGUGCAGUGCCCUCCUACGAUGAGAGGUUUCGGCAGUAUGGCUUCAACCGCAUUAGCCAGGCCUGUGAGCUCCACGUGGCAGGGUACGAGUUUGAGGUACUGAAUGAUGCCUUCCUAGUCCAUAAGGGCUUCAAGAUGCCGGGGGACUUCCACCCCCAGAAGGAGGCAGAGAACCAACGCAACAAGAUCCUCUUCCGACAGUUCAAGCAGGAAUUGAAGAUGAAGUACCCGGACUCCCCGAGGCGAUGCUGAGCUGCUGAGCUGCUGAGCCCCAGGCGCAGCAGCCUCCAAAGGCAGGGCUGGGGCCUUGGGCUCUUUAGGUUUCCCCCUCAGGCCUGUGGGAGGCAAGAGGGGCUAACCCAGUCCUUCCCCCUGGGGGUGGGCCUUUUUUAGGUGGGUGAUGAGCUCUGAAGUGACAAAGCCAAGAGGUAAGAUUCUGUGGGGGGUUGGAAAGGGAGUGGGGACUUUGGGAGAAGAUAUAAGCUUCAGUUCAAGAAACCUCAACUGUGGUUCCCAGGUAGAAGCUAAAAGUCCUUCAUUCUUCUCAUUCUGCAUAUCCCUGGGUCCCUGCCCUUUGUCUCCACUGCUUAUCUUGGGCCACUCUCCUCCCCUCUCUGGGCCUCAGUUUCCCCAUCAGUAAAGUGAGAGAGUUGGACUAGAUGACCAACGUCUCUUUCACCUCUGAAUCUGAUGGGUUAAGUGAAUGGAGGAGGUUGGGAGUCCUGGACACCAGCCCCAACACUGCCUCGGACUUGCUGUGGGACCUUGAGCAAAUUCCUUCCUCCCCUGAUCCUCAGCUUACAUGUCUGUAAGGGAGAGAAUUGGACUCGGUGACCUGUGAAGUCCCAUCCAGCGCUAAGGUUUGGCUCCUGUGACUGGCACAGCCCUGGGAAUCAGGAUGGGUGGGGAAGGAGCCCCAUUGGGGAGAGGAAAGCCCCAUCCGAAAUAGGUUGCAGAGCCAGGAACUUGGACUUGGAUGAUCAUAUGCCAAUAAACCAGUGUUCACGUGGA